AAACACAAGUUCACAAGAAGACGACAAGACGUAAUUGUAGGCAAUUACAGUAGACGUAAGAUUAAAGAAUGAAUAUUUUUGCUUUGUUUUACAUAGUAGAAUAAAUUUGUAGACACAAUUUGUUUUGAAAUGUUCUGUAUUGUUGGUUGUGUAGUUUAGGUGUGUGUGUAGGCUGAUUUUAUUGGUGUUUUACUGAGAUCAAUCCAUUGAUUGAUUCUACAUAACCAUUAUCUCAAAAUUGUGUUACAAUCGAUAAACAACUUGAAUGUUGUCUACAUCAUUGCUCUUCAAGAACAUUUGAUUAUUUUAGAAAAAAUUUUAUUGUUCGGCACUUGAUGAACUAUCUUAGAAAGUUAUUAUGAUGACAGAGAUGGGUAUCAUGGAGGAAUGCAGUUCAGCCAAAAGAAUCAAAUCGGCGGACAAAGAGUUCAAUCCGCCAGUAGAAAUGAUGGUUCAUGACUAUGACGAUGAGAGGACUCUUGACGAAGAAGAAGCACUGGAGAGUACUGAAGACCAUCAGGCUGAAUUGAGCAAUCUCCAAAAGGAAGGUCAUAUGCCAUUAGAAGAGUUGCUUGCUCUAUAUGGCUAUGCUGAUUCUAACUCCUCCAGCCAUUCCUCCAACCAAGAAGAACCUAUGGAGGCUAGCGAGGCACCCGAACAGAGCAAAAUUGUUCUCAAGAAAGAAUACGAAGAAGAACCAGAAGAAGUUAAGGAAGAAGAAGAGGAGGAAGAAGAGGAAGAAGCCGAACCAUCCAAGCUCAGUCAACUGUACGAAGAUAUUCCUCCGACUCCGACCGCCCAUCCGCUCAGAUCAGUGUCGAGACCACAAAGUGAAGAGGAAGAAGAAGAUUACGAUUACAGUCCUGAUGAAGAUGAGUGGAAGAAGACAAUUAUGGUUGGAAGUGAUUACCAAGCGUGGAUACCUGAGGGUUUGUGCAAGUAUGACGAUGCUCUGCCUUAUGAGAACGAAGAUAAGCUGCUCUGGGAUCCGAACCACUUGGAUGCUGAAGAGAUAAACACAUAUUUGGAAAAGUCUCAAGAUUCACUAAAACUGAACGCUCAAGGAGUCCAUGCUAUACCCUGCGGAAAUCAUAUAAGAGAUGACGAACAGGCUCUGUAUCUUUUACUGCAAUGCGGCUACAAUAUGGAAGAAGCGUUGCGGAGGCGAAGGAUGAACGUGAUUGCUCCAACAGAUACCAUGAGCCUCUGGUCAGAAGAGGAAUGUCGAAACUUUGAAAAUGGAUUGAGAACAUACGGAAAGAAUUUUCAUUUGAUUCAGCAGAACAAGGUUCGCACGAGGUCAGUUGGAGAGCUAGUUCAAUUCUACUAUCUAUGGAAGAAGACAGAAAGGCACGACAUAUUUGCAAACAAGGCCCGUCUGGAGAAGAAGAAGUACACCUUGCAUCCGGGAAUAACAGAUUACAUGGAUAGAUUUCUUGAAGAACAGGAGAGUGGCGGGGGAACCGUCAGUGGGGCUUCAGCCUCGCAACGGGAUCGCAGCUCCUCUCCCAACAUCCAGUGCUUGAUCUAUGGCGAUCGCAAAAGGCAUCGAGCUUCUCCUGUCCACUUGAAUGGAGUCUCCAUCACCCAAAACUCUCAAGGAAUCAACGAUAUUGAUGCAAGUCUUCAUUUGAACUUGGAUGACAUUGAAGGAUUAAACGGGGAUUCAUCGAAGGAGAACGUAGACAAUGGAUGUUCAGCUAUCAUCAACCACACCACCUUAACAGCAACUUUUAACUCUUGUCUUGGUAACAAAUAAUUUCAUGUGAGAAUUCUAGGUCAAGAUUCUCAUAAAAGUAGCUUACCUACUAAAAAAAUUUAUGACUACCAAUCCUGCUUUUUAUUUGUUUAGUGUUUAAGUUUUUGAUAGAAGUAAUUAAUUUUAUUGAAUGUUUAUACGUGGGUAGGAUAUAGAACGCCGAUAUUUUGUGCUCUCCACGAUGGGGUGGUGGCAUAGUGGCAACAUAGUGAUACAUUUCUAUUCAGUUCUACUUUUAAAAAUGACGUUGACGAUUCUGUUCAAUUACUACAGUGCAUGAGAGCAUCUUAUUUAGAUUUAUUUUUAAAUGAAGAUAGUAGAACUUGUAGAAUGACCAGGACAGAUUUAAGUAAUGAAAAAAUGACGGUGACGAUUCUGUUGAAUUACUACAGUGCAUGAGAGCAUCUUAUUCAGAUGUAUUUAUUAAAUGAAAGUAGUAGAACUUGUAGAAUGACCAGGGCAGAUUUAAUUACGAUUUAGACAGAUUCGUAAGCUGUUCAUUAUCAUAAAAAUGUACAUUUUUAUAUACCGGAGCGAGGAUAUUGUUUGUAUAAUACAUAAUUGUUAUUCAAAUCAUUGUUAUAAACGUGUUUGUACAUGUACUUACAAUUCAUAUUCAGCCCGAUGUCAAAGCAAAUUGCAAGCAAAGUGGUUUGCACAUCUUAGGUCCUUUACAAUAAUGGCCGUUUUCACACUCACCGAUUAACGGACGACUAUACCGAGAAUGUCAUCUGAUGGCUAAUUCUCACUUGCAGCUGAUUCUCUGCCAGUCGGAGGACAUUCUGGGUAUCGUGAUGUUAAUGUUGGCCGACAAUCAGUAAGUGUGGAAACGGCCAAUGUACGAAUGCCAAUCUAGUUUGAUUAACGAUCGUGGAUCAAAUCUUGAUUGACUAUCCAACUUGUUGAAUGAUUACCAGUACUACCUAUCUUUCAUCAGCUGCAGCCAGAAAAUUCCAUAGUAAUAAUAUAAUUCCUACAAAAAAGAAAUCAAAAACAAAUUAUAAUUAAUAUCUGGUAGAUCCAAAAAAUGUUAAUUGUGAGACUCACUAGCCCACCUGAUACUUUUCCUGUUUCCCAAAAUUCCCCGACUAGUAAUGAAGACUGUUUAAUAUAAAUAUAUCUAAUCGAAACAGGCAUGCGCCAUAAUAUUACGCUCGAUUUCGUUUCUAAAUAAAUACAUUGGAAUAGAUAAGCACUUUUAUGAACUAACGUAGAACAAUACUAUUAAAAUGCAUAAGUAAAAUUAGAAACGCCGUCAUAAAUCAUAAGUGCAAUUAAAAACACUGCGUUUUUUCAUUAUGCCUCAAAAUCUAAUAGAAAUAACAUAUGGCUAGGUUAGACUGUUACUUUACAUUGUAUAUAAUAUAUAUAUAUAUAUAUAUAAUAAGAAAGAAAAAAUGUGUACAACUAAACUUCUUAAGGUAUCUAUAUUCAAUAAUAUUUUUGUAGUAGCAGAAAUUAAAUUUAUUGAAUAUGAGUUUAUAAAAUGUUGAGUGAGCCUUAUUUCUAUAAGCAAUAUUAAUGAAUUAUAUGACCACCGAUUAACUGACAUUUAUGCUAUUAGUCUCGGUAUUUGAACAACUCAUUCCCCAAAUGGGUAUUAUUCCGAGUGUAAGAUAAACAGACAAUAUCCUCUUAUUUACCGGUAUAUAUUAAUAUAUUACAAUGUACAUAUAUUUUGUACAUAAGUAUUGAUUUAAAAAUUACUUGAAUUAAAGUAAUAUGUGUGUUAUAUGUGUUCAUAACACAUACAAGCAGUGCCUAAUGAUUGAAUUACUCAUACACCAGUUUUUUAUUUAGAGUCGUUGAUAGGUUUCAUUCAAACACCAUAAAUAAUUGCUAGUAUGUACUAUGAUUGCCUUGAAAUAUUUGUUAAUGAUAGUAAAAAAAUACUAUUUUAGUUCUACUUAAGAUUUUUUUAUACGCAUCAAUGAUAAUGAAAAUUAGCAAUACCAUUUUAGUUCCACUUAAGAUUGUUUUAAUAAGCAUCAAUGAUUAUUUUCAAUCAUUUGAAUAUUUUAAACAAUACUUGUAGCUUUACAUCAUUCAUUUUGGUUUUAAAAUAAUUGCAAUAUUACAUAUUUUACUUUUAUGUUCCUUGAAGGAAUUCUACUUUUUUAAUCACUUUGAAUUUUAUUUUUGUCAAACCAGUUUGUUUAUCAAUUUUAAUUAUUUUGGAAUAAGGAAAGAAUUUCGCCUUAAUUAGUCUUAAUGUUUUAUUUGAGAUUUUCAAAACUGUAAAGUUGAAUGACAUGAAAUUUAUCUGAUCUGAAAAUCAGUCACCUAUUGUUAGAUUUUUUAUAUCGAAUUUAUACGGAUUUCUCUAUGGAAGCAUCAAUGAUACUGAAUAUUGUAAACAAUACUUGUAGCUUUGCAUCAUUCAUUUUGUUUUUUAAAUAAUAAUUGCAAUAUUUCAUAUUUUAGUUUUAUGUUCCUUGAAGGUAUUUUAUUACUUUUUUUAAUCACUUUGACAUUUUAUUUUUGUCAGACCAGUUUGCUUUGCAAUUUUAAUUAUUUAUUUUGGAAUAAGGGAAGAAUUUCGCCUUCAUUAGCAUUAAUGUUUUAUUUGUGAUUUUUAACAUUGUAAAAUUCAAUGACAUGGACUGAAAAUCAGUCACCAGUAGAUUUUUUAUAUCUAAUUGAUAUGGAUUUAUCUAUGAUCGUUAUCAGCAAUUUCAAUAUGUUCAUUAUUGUAGGGUUUUAUAUAAAUAUUUUACGGAGAACAAUAGAGUAUAUUGGUGAAAAGUAAUAAUAAAAGUGCCUAUAGCUGGCCCCAUAAUUUGAAGUACGGUUGACCUUUCUGCUUACCUCAGUUACAACAUAAUUUGGAUGAUCGGAAUUAAUGUAUUUCAAAUUAUUGAAAGAAAAUACUCUCAGUGAUAUGGAGCAUUCUAAAGACUUCCGAAUGACUUGUGGGAAUAUUGUCAACAGAAUUAAUAACAUUGUUGACUGGUGACUGGUACUAGGCCACUGAACAAACAUAUUUUUCAAGCUCUAGAAUUGAACUCGACACUAUCUGGUUACUGAUAAAUAUUUUUCUUUAGGGUCGCAUUCAUCAAUCAGGGCUUUAGAUUUCCCAUUAAUUCUGUUGGCAAUGAAGGUAGCAAGUUCUUUCUUUCAAUUAAUUCGAACUGUCAGUUAUUGAAUAAGAGCAGUAUAUUACCGAACGCCUUGAAUAUAUUUAUAUAAUUAAAAUUGGGAUCACAGUUGAAAUAUUUAUUUCAUCGUUUUUAUUGGAUUUAGUAAAUUUUUUAUUUAUAACAAUGUUUUUUGUAUGAAGUGUAGUAUAUCAUGGAAUAUGAUACGAGUAACAAAUUGUUUCAAUUUUCGUUACUAAAAUUUACAAAAAAAAAAAAAAAAUUUUCCAAUUUUAAAAUUUACUAUUGAAAAAAAACCUUAUUUAAUUAUGUCUUCGAAAGCAUUUUCGUUAGAAAGCUUUAGACCAGAUCCCUAGUACUGAAGGUUUAUUAUAAGGGUCAAACAUUUUUAGUUUUAAUAAUUAUCAUAUCCUGAUGAAUUAUUGUGGUUAUUCAGAUUGUGUUAAAAGCAAUAAGUUAUGUGUGCAUCGUAGGACGAAGUUGCACGAUAGCGCUAAUUUUGUGAGUGACAAUUAUCCUGCAUCAACGAUCCAUAAAUUUACAAAUGAAUAUUUCAGAUAAGCAAUAUUUCAUCACAUGUCAUCAGCAUUGUUCUUUUAAUAUUAAUGCUUUUGCAUGGUAGUAUUAUCAGUUGAUCAUUGUGUUAGUAUGAAAUUCUUCCCCGAAUUCCGUCAAUUCGUAAGUAGCCAUGCUAGACUAGUGAUAGUAAACUUUAUUUUGUGUAAAAAAUUCUCUAUUAUUUUUUUAUUUUGUAAGGAUCAAUAAAUUGUCAAGUUGCAGUUUUUA